AAUGCUGCAAAAAAAGAAGAGUCAGAAACUGCAAACAAAAACGAUUCUGCUAAGAAGUUGUCUGUUGAAAGAGUGUAUCAGAAGAAGACACAACUUGAGCAUAUUCUCCUUCGUCCUGAUACAUAUAUUGGGUCCGUGGAACCAUUGACACAGCUCAUGUGGGUGUAUGAUGAAGAUGUAGGAAUGAAUUGUAGAGAGGUUACCUUUGUGCCAGGUUUAUACAAGAUCUUUGAUGAAAUUUUGGUUAAUGCAGCUGACAAUAAGCAACGAGAUAAGAACAUGACCUGUAUUAAAGUUUCUAUUGAUCCUGAAUCUAACAUUAUAAGCAUUUGGAAUAAUGGCAAAGGCAUUCCAGUAGUAGAACAUAAAGUAGAGAAAGUAUUUGUUCCUGCUUUAAUUUUUGGACAACUUUUAACAUCCAGUAAUUAUGAUGAUGAAGAGAAGAAAGUUACAGGUGGUCGCAAUGGUUAUGGUGCAAAACUUUGUAAUAUUUUCAGUACAAAGUUCACAGUAGAAACAGCUUGCAAAGAAUACAAACAUAGUUUUAAACAGACAUGGAUGAAUAAUAUGAUGAAGACUUCUGAAGCCAAAAUUAAAUAUUUUGAUGGUGACGAUUACACAUGCAUAACAUUCCAACCAGAUCUGUCCAAAUUUAAGAUGGAAAAACUUGACAAAGAUAUCGUGGCCCUCAUGACCAGAAGAGCCUAUGACUUGGCAGGCUCAUGCAAAGGGGUCAAAGUCAUAUUUAAUGGAAAGAAAUUGCCUGUAAAUGGAUUUCGAAGUUACGUAGAUCUUUAUGUAAAAGACAAACUGGAUGAAACUGGGGUGGCCCUGAAAGUUAUCCAUGAACUUGCAAAUGAAAGAUGGGAUGUUUGUCUCACUUUGAGCGAAAAAGGAUUCCAGCAAAUUAGCUUUGUAAAUAGUAUUGCAACUACAAAAGGUGGUCGACAUGUUGAUUAUGUAGUGGAUCAAGUUGUUGGUAAACUAAUUGAAGUAGUUAAGAAAAAGAAUAAAGCUGGAGUAUCUGUGAAACCUUUUCAAGUGAAAAACCACAUAUGGGUUUUUAUUAAUUGCCUUAUUGAAAAUCCAACUUUUGAUUCUCAGACUAAGGAAAAUAUGACGUUGCAACCCAAAAGUUUUGGAUCCAAGUGCCAACUGUCAGAAAAAUUUUUUAAAGCAGCUUCUAACUGUGGCAUUGUAGAAAGUAUCCUGAACUGGGUGAAAUUUAAGGCACAGACUCAACUGAACAAGAAGUGUUCAUCAGUCAAGUACAGUAAAAUCAAAGGCAUUCCUAAACUGGACGAUGCUAAUGAUGCUGGUGGCAAACAUUCCCUGGAAUGCACACUGAUAUUAACAGAGGGAGACUCUGCCAAGUCGCUUGCUGUAUCUGGAUUAGGUGUGAUUGGACGAGACAGAUACGGAGUCUUUCCACUCAGGGGCAAAAUUCUUAACGUACGGGAAGCGUCUCAUAAACAGAUCAUGGAAAAUGCAGAAAUAAACAAUAUUAUUAAAAUAGUUGGUCUACAAUACAAGAAAAGUUAUGAUGAUGCUGAAUCUCUGAAAACUUUACGCUAUGGAAAGAUUAUGAUUAUGACUGAUCAGGAUCAAGAUGGAUCUCACAUCAAAGGUCUGCUUAUUAAUUUCAUUCAUCACAAUUGGCCAUCCCUUUUGAAACAUGGUUUUCUUGAAGAGUUCAUUACUCCUAUUGUAAAGGCAAGCAAAAAUAAGCAGGAACUUUCCUUCUACAGUAUUCCUGAAUUUGAUGAAUGGAAAAAACAUAUAGAAAACCAGAAAGCAUGGAAAAUAAAGUACUACAAAGGGUUGGGUACCAGUACAGCUAAAGAAGCAAAGGAAUAUUUUGCUGAUAUGGAAAGGCAUCGUAUCUUAUUUAGAUAUGCUGGUCCUGAAGAUGAUGCUGCCAUUACUUUGGCAUUCAGUAAGAAGAAAAUCGAUGACAGAAAAGAAUGGUUAACAAAUUUUAUGGAAGAUCGGAGACAGCGUAGGUUACAUGGCUUACCAGAGCAAUUUUUAUAUGGUACAGCGACAAAGCAUUUGACUUACAAUGAUUUCAUCAAUAAGGAAUUGAUUCUCUUCUCAAACUCAGACAAUGAAAGAUCUAUACCAUCUCUUGUUGAUGGCUUUAAACCAGGCCAACGAAAAGUUUUAUUUACCUGUUUUAAGAGGAAUGAUAAACGUGAAGUAAAAGUUGCCCAGUUGGCUGGAUCGGUUGCUGAGAUGUCUGCUUAUCAUCAUGGAGAACAAGCAUUAAUGAUGACUAUUGUGAAUCUGGCUCAGAACUUUGUGGGAAGUAACAAUAUUAACUUACUUCAGCCUAUUGGUCAGUUUGGAACUCGGCUUCACGGUGGCAAAGAUGCUGCAAGCCCUCGUUAUAUUUUCACAAUGUUAAGUUCUUUAGCAAGACUGCUUUUCCCUGCCAUGGAUGAUAACUUGCUGAAGUUUCUUUAUGAUGAUAAUCAACGUGUGGAGCCCGAGUGGUAUAUUCCCAUAAUUCCCAUGGUUUUAAUAAAUGGUGCUGAGGGCAUUGGUACUGGAUGGGCUUGUAAACUCCCCAACUAUGAUGCUAGGGAAAUUGUGAACAAUGUCAGACGAAUGCUAGAUGGCUUGGAUCCUCAUCCCAUGCUUCCAAACUACAAAAACUUUAAAGGGACAAUUCAAGAACUUGGUCAAAACCAAUAUGCGGUUAGUGGUGAAAUAUUUGUGGUGGAUAGAAACACGGUAGAGAUUACAGAGCUUCCAGUUAGAACUUGGACACAGGUAUACAAAGAGCAGGUUUUAGAACCUAUGCUAAAUGGAACAGACAAAACACCAGCAUUAAUAUCUGAUUAUAAAGAAUAUCAUACUGAUACAACUGUGAAAUUUGUGGUGAAAAUGACUGAAGAGAAACUUGCACAAGCAGAAGCUGCUGGAUUGCACAAAGUCUUUAAACUUCAAACAACUCUUACUUGUAAUUCCAUGGUUCUCUUUGAUCAUAUGGGAUGUCUAAAGAAGUAUGAGACUGUGCAAGACAUCUUGAAAGAAUUCUUUGAUUUACGAUUAAGUUACUAUGGCUUACGGAAAGAGUGGCUUGUAGGAAUGUUGGGAGCUGAAUCUUCAAAGCUUAAUAAUCAGGCCCGUUUUAUUUUAGAGAAGAUACAAGGGAAAAUUUCUAUAGAGAAUAGGUCAAAGAAAGAUUUGAUUCAAAUGUUAGUCCAGAGAGGUUAUGAAUCUGACCCAGUGAAAGCCUGGAAAGAAGCACAAGAAAAGGCUACGGAAGAGGAAGAAACACAAAACCAGCAUGAUGAUAGUUCUUCUGACUCAGGCACUCCUUCAGGCCCUGAUUUUAAUUAUAUUUUAAAUAUGUCUCUAUGGUGUCUUACUAAAGAAAAAGUUGAUGAACUGAUUAAACAGAGAGAUGCCAAAGGACGAGAGGUCAAUGAUGUUAAAAGAAAAUCUCCUUCAGAUCUUUGGAAAGAGGAUUUAGCAGCAUUUGUUGAAGAACUGGAUAAAGUGGAAGCGCAAGAACGGGAAGAUAUUCUGGCUGGAAUGUCUGGAAAAGCAAUCAAAGGUAAAGUCGGCAAACCUAAGGUGAAGAAGCUCCAGUUGGAAGAGACAAUGCCCUCACCUUAUGGUAGAAGAAUAGUUCCUGAAAUCACCGCUAUGAAGGCUGAUGCCAGCAAAAAGUUGCUGAAGAAGAAGAAGGGUGAUCCUGAUACUACAACAGUAAAAGUAGAGUUUGAUGAAGAAUUCAGUGGAACACCUAUAGAAGGGACAGGAGAAGAGGUAUUGACUCCAUCAGCUCCCAUGGUUAAAGGUCCAAAACCCAAAAGAGAGAAAAAGGAGCCUGGUGCCAGAGUGAGAAAGACACCUACGUCAGCUGGUAAAGCCAACACAAAGAAAGUGAAGAAGCGAAAUCCUUGGUCAGAUGAUGAAUCCAAGUCAGAAAGUGACUUGGAGGAAGCGGAACCUGUGGUUAUUCCAAGAGAUUCUUUGCUUAGGAGAGCAGCUGCUGAAAGACCUAAGUACACAUUUGAUUUCUCAGAAGAAGAGGAUGAUGAUGCUGAUGAUGAUGAUGACAAUAAUGAUUUAGAGGAAUUGAAAGUUAAAACUUCUCCCAUAACAAAUGAUGGUGAAGAUGAAUUUGUUCCUUCAGAUGGCUUAGAUAAAGAUGAAUACACAUUUUCACCAGGCAAAUCAAAAGCCGCUCCAGAGAAGUCUUCGCAUGACAAAAAAAAUCAGGAUUUUGGGAACCUUUUCUCAUUUCCCUCAUACUCUCAGAAAUCAGAAGAUGGAAAACCAUCUUCAGAUAUAACACCGAAACCCAAGAGAACUCCGAAGCAGAAGACAAUAGAGACUGUAAACUCUGACUCAGAUUCAGAAUUUGGUGUCCCAAAGAAGACCGUAACACCCAAAGGUAAAGGUCGAGGGGCAAAGAAAAGGAAAGCAUCUGGCUCAGAAAAUGAAGGCGAUUACAACCCUGGGCGGAAAGCACCGAAAACAGCAAGCAAGAAACCGAAGAAAACAUCUUUUGAUCAGGAUUCAGAUGUGGACAUCUUCCCGUCAGACUUCACUGCUGAACCACCUUCUCUGCCACGAACCGGUAGGGCUAGAAAAGAAGUAAAAUAUUUUGCAGAGUCUGAUGAAGAAGAUGUUGAUUUUGCAAUGUUUAAUUAAGUGCCCGAAGUGCACAAGCAUUUUUCAACAAAUACCGUGUUUGUUGUCCCUUUGUCUUUUCUGUCUCAGACUUUUGUACAUCUGGCUUAUUUUAAUGUGAUGAUGUAAUUGAUGGUUUUUUAUUAUUGUGGUAGGCCUUUUAACAUUUUGUUCUUACAUACAGUUUUAUGCUCUUUUUUACUCAUUGAAAUGUCAUGUCUGAUGGCUUGUAGAAAUCGUUAGACAGCCGUGCAUUUGCACAGAUUUUAAUUGUCCUGGUUGCAGACUACAGACCUGCUUUUUGAAAUGAAAUUUAAACAUUAAAAAUGGAACUGUG